AUGCCCCGAAUCCCCUUUUCUGUCAUCUUCAAAGCCCAAAGAGAAAACUACCUUCUGCCUAUACUCCUCAAAGAGUGUCGCACAAUCGAUUCUGCUCGCAAUGAACUUCGCUGGCUACGCGAGCGGGUAAUUCGCGAUGGCCAGUCCUCUUCACGAUCAAAGGCAUGGAGAAGUCGAUUGAGAUAUAUGUGUCAGAUGCGAUCUAGAGGAUAUCCUCUCCAAUAUAUCCUUGGAGAUCAACCAUUCGGCGACUUGGAAAUUCUCUGCCGAAGAGGCGUUUUGAUCCCAAGGUCGGCCUAUCAAAUUUCCGAAAGAGCGAUUUCUUGCUGA